UUCAAACUCCCAUAUAUAUGAUGCUGUAAAUUGCAGGGCCAUGACAAGUAGACAUUAUCUAUAGCAAUAAUGAUGUCAUUGAUAUUCCCAUUUUUAUGCUAAUAUCUACAUCACUUGAUUAGAGAGUAGUGCAUUGAGCUAUGGAGUCUUCAAAAAAUCUGCAGGGUGAUCUUGAGUCUAUGAGGGUGUUUCACAGAAGUGGAGCAACUAAGGAAAUAUCUUGGAGAAAGUCACAGCUCAAAGGGUUGCUUUCUUUUCUUGAAGAUAAUGAGGUUGAUAUUAUGAAAGCUCUUAAACAAGACUUGGGAAAACAUUAUAUUGAGGCUUUUAGAGAUGAGAUUGGAACUUUGAUAAAGUCUCUAAACUUAGCUUUGAAGUCUUUGAAAACAUGGAUGUCACCACAAAAGGCUAAACUGCCUGCAAUUGCAUUACUGAGCACUGCAGAAUUGGUUUCUGAGCCUCUUGGUCUGGUUCUCAUAUUCUCUUCAUGGAAUUUUCCAAUUGGACUGUCCUUGGAGCCUCUCAUAGGAGCACUGGCUGCUGGAAACACAGUUGUUCUGAAACCUUCAGAGUUGUCUCCUACUUGUUCUUCUCUUCUAGCAAACACCAUGCCCACUUACCUCGACGGUAAAGCUGUCAAGGUUAUCCAAGGCGGCUCGGAUGUUGGGGAACAGCUUCUCAAACACAGAUGGGACAAGAUAUUCUUUACUGGUAGUCCUCGAGUGGCGCAGAUAGUCAUGACCGCAGCUGCAAAGUUUUUAACACCAGUUGUGCUAGAGCUUGGUGGAAAAUGCCCUGCUGUUUUUGAUUCCUUAUCAUCUUCUUGGGACAGAGAAGCGGCUGUAAAGCGAAUCCUUGUUGGGAAAUUUGGGACAUGUGCUGGGCAAGCUUGCAUAACAAUCGAUUAUGUUCUAGUGGAAAAGAAAUUCCAGCCCAUAUUGGUGGACUUAAUGAUGACCAUCACUAGGCAAAUGUUUGGAGACAAUCCCCAAGAGUCAAAUUGCAUGGCCAGGAUAGUUAACAAGCAAAAUUUCUUGAGACUGAAAAAUCUUUUGGCUGAUCCUGCUGUUAAAUCUUCAAUUGUUUAUGGUGGCAAAAUCGAUGAGCAAAACUUGUUCAUCGAGCCAACGAUCUUGGUAGACCCUCCAUUUGAAUCCGAACUCAUGACAGAAGAGAUCUUUGGCCCGUUGCUUCCAAUCAUCACGUUGGAGAAGAUUGAAGAUAGCAUUGAAUUCAUAAAGCUAAGGCCUAAACCACUUGCUAUUUAUGCCUUCACCAAGAGCAAAACACUGGAGAGAAGACUCAUAUCAGAAACAUCUUCAGGGAGUGUGACAUUCAAUGAUGCCAUAAUUCAAUAUGCUGCAGAUGCAAUCCCUUUUGGAGGGGUUGGAGAGAGUGGGAUGGGAAGGUACCAUGGAAAGUUCUCUUUUGAUACAUUCAGCCAUGAAAAAGCAGUGGUAAGAAGAAGCUUCUUCUCUGAUUUUUGGUUCAGAUACCCUCCAUGGAAUGACCACAAGCUUCAACUCUUUCGUGUUACUUACAACUAUGAUUACUUGGGUAUUGUUCUUGUGAUUCUUGGCUUGAAGAGAGCCAGAAAGAGCUCACACUGUUCCAUCUAAGAAAAUAGAAGUAAAUCUCUAUUUGGAUACAUUAUACAAUCAUAUAUAGUUUUCAUCUCAGUUGUAUUAUUGUGUGUUUUUGUUAAUUAUUAUUAUAUAUUGACUAAAGAUAAAUGGCAAUAAUUUAUGUCUGAUUAAGCAUAA